GUGUAGAAAAGUCAGGUUAGUUGGGAAAUAACCAUCAAGAAUUCGUGGCCCAAUCAGCAGUCGGUUCAAUCCCAGAUGACAUUAUCAUCCACAGUCACUCCAAUGGCGAAAUCGAUCUUCAAAGCCCAGAUAUUUCGCAGCAAUGGCCCGAUUGUCAAUGCCACAAGAGCCGGAAAUGGUGCUAGUUGUUUACCAUCGGCAGAACGACUCGCCCGCAUCCGUCUUGCUGUACUACCUCCUCAUCUUCGUGCUCGUCCUCUUCCUGUUGAAGUUCGCCAUCGUAGCUUUCUUCCUCGUCCUCCUCUACCUUCUCUGCUUCAAUCUCGUCCACCUCCUCUUUCAGCUCUUAUGACCUCCGUAACCGAUCCCGCCCCCGACGAUUCGAGAUCUGGUUUACUGGAGCAGGUGAGAGUGGUGGUGAAAGGGACGGUGCAAGGGGUCUUUUACAGGGACUGGACAGUGGAAAAUGCCAAGGAGUUGGGAUUGCAGGGUUGGGUUCGGAACCGGCGAGAUGGCUCUGUGGAGGCGCUGUUUUAUGGGACAGAUGACAAGGUUCAUGAGAUGCGACGGCGGUGUUGGAGGGGCCCGCCGGCUGCCAGGGUCACCAACGUUGAGGUUUAUCCAUGCAGCGAUGAUCCUGGCACCGGUUUUGUGCGUAAACCAACUGUUUGAUGAAAUGAUAAGCUGAAUCUGGCGAAGGCAAGACUUUUAGUUGUGGGAUACUUAUUAAAGUACUUAUCCCUAAUAUCGGCCUUGUGGUGGUAUAUAAUCUGACUAUCUUUGUCAAUUUUCAUGCUUGUAGAAAUAUUUACUCAAGGAUUGGAAACCACUCGUUAUUCUUCUAAGAAUAUCUCUUGAACGCA